UUGUUUAUUUACAUUUUCAUUUACAUAUUUAUGAAUAAUAUCCCAGCAAAACGAUGAAAACCUCUGGCGCCGGCAAUCCCGACGAGCUGAACAAGUCAACGCACAGCAAGGUCAGCAAGAAGUCCACCAAGUCGCGUUCCAAGACGGCUAAAUUGGAGUUGACGGGCAAGAAUUCCGCAUCAACCGCCUCCUCCUUAAGCGGGGGCGUGGCACUGGGCAGUCUGCCGGCCACGCCCACCCACCUGAACAUGGUGACCACGCCCACGACGCCGACUUCUAGUUUGGGCAACUACAAUCUCUUCGAUGCCUCAUUUGCGGUGGCAGGAGGCGGAGGUCAUGGGUUAGCAGGUGGAAUAGCGGGAGCAGAAGCCUCCGGGAACUCCAGUCGAAUGGGCCACCAGAAAAGCUAUGCCGGCUUCGAUCCGCGCAGCAUCAAGAUCUUCUGGGAGCAGCACGACCAGACGGACGUGGAACUCUCGCAGGAUGUGUGCGCCCAGCUGGCGGAAGAUGCCUCCUACAAAGUGUGGGAGUUGAUUAAUAACGUCAAGAUCUACUCCCGCCACUCGGGCGGCGUGGUCACCUACGAUCUGGUCAACGAGGUGCUCAAGGACGCCGAUGUGCCGCCCAUGCUGGGCGCCAUGGACAGCGACUGGGAUCGCAUCGACUACGAUGGCAGCUUCUACUUUCACUCGGACAAGAUCUUCGAACUGAGCGCCGAGUUUCAGAAGGAAAUAAAUCUCAGCUCGCCCGAUGAUGCGGACUUUCAAAGCUUCUGUCCCGUGGAGGAUAGGCACACGGAGCAGCUGAGGCAGUGCGUCCAGAGCCUGGUCACCGCCGCCCUCUUUGCGGACAGCAAAUCCCAGACGGCCGCCAUUUGCCACGCCUUUCAGACGCCUUUGAUGGGCUCUAUCUAUAGGGUGAUUGUGAGCAAAAUGGUGCAGCUGCUGGCCUUCAAGCAGCAGGAUCAGUUGAGCCAGCGCUGCUGGCGGCUGCUACGCGCCUGCAACUUCAACGCCACUGCCAAUCACAACGCCUGCCGACCGGAGUACUUCAACCUGGCCGAGGUGCUCGUCAGCCAGCUGAUGGCGCCCUACGAGACCAUCAAGGCGCCGCCAGAGCAGCAAGAUCCGGGACAAACUGCCAGCAUUAAAAUGGAGUUCGAGGAGCAACUCAAGAUGGAGCCAGAUAACCCGGAGGUCAUGGAGGUGGAGAAGCAGGAGCAGGAUGCGCAGAUGUUUGCGAGUGAGAACACCGUGGAGCACACCAUCUACAAGCUGCAAACGGAGGAGGAGGAGGAGCGGAAUCCGCAGCCAGAGACCGAGCAUCUGUCCAACUACUUUGCCACUCCAGUGGGAAAUGCCCUCGUGGACGAGCUGUGCGAAACUAUUGGUCAGCUGGCUUCCCAGAGUGGCUAUCUGCAGGCAGAGUGCCUUUUCCUGAUCAAAAGACGCCUGGCGAGAUUCUUCGAGGGUCGCGACGUUUGCAGUGAGAGGGACUUUAAAUACAUCAGCAGAGCAGUGCGUGGAUUAAUCUCAUUGGGGGAGUAUGCCUUUCGGGAGUUUAUUCCGUAUAUCUACAAACUACGCGUCGAGGAAAUCCCGGACAGCCUUUGGCAGGAUCUGGCGCCGGCUGCCAUCUUCCUGGGCGGCCGCGAUGACUUGUAUCUGUACGAAUGGUUGGAGCAUGGAUGCGGUGGCGCUCUGCAGCCCUUCCUGGUUCACUAUGCCAGAGCGUUAGAAAAAAUGGUAACCCGACGGUAUGUGCGUGCCAAACCUCCUGCAUAUAGGAUAGAAUCCGUGCCAGGAGUGAGACGUCUAGAAUGGAGCACCCUCGCGGCAGCCAUGUGUCACGGCGAUGAUCCCAGCAAGGCACUCAAACCGAAGCCAACUCUUCGCGAGGCUUUCCCCGAACUCCAGUCGCCGAAUCUGCAGCUCAACUGCGCAGGCAACAUUCGCUUCAAGUUCGCCGGCUGCCGGCCAAUGCUGCUCAAACCGAAGGUUUCGAGUGUUCCCCACUCCGUGGACUCGCCCUCCUCCACGGCGAAUGGAGCUGCGGGAGCUGGUGGCGCCAGCACCGACAUCCUCAUCGCCCGGCGAAAGCUCUUCAAGCCGCUGACCAAUGUGAAAAGGUUUCCGCCCAUCAGUGGCUAUCACUACCUGAGAAUCUGAAUGGGCGCUUGGAGAAGUAUUAUUUUUACUGGGGAUCUCAAUAAAACUACUCUUUUACUUUAGACUUCCAUCUGCUAUCCACUUAUCAAGAAAAGA